AUGUCUUCGGAACAUCAACAACAGUCUCAUCAUUCGAGCCACCAACAGCAACAUACCGUGCCAGUGACAUCUUACACGCCCAGCCGAAAAAUACUGCUGUCACUUUUUGCGCUAGUGGUAGCUGUACUCAUAGCAGCUCUCAUCGACCCGGCCAAUCUGUAUAUCCUCCGCCGCUUUUCUUCGCGGGUUGUUCGAUCUGCGACGACCGUGACAGCUUCUGCGACAGGAUCGAACGUGAAGGCUGAUACAAAGAUCAAAUCUGGAUCUUCUUCCAUUAUGAAGACACCUGUUUACUUUCUUAGCCAUGGCGGGCCCAAUGUCAUGUAUGAAACGGGCCACCCGGCGUAUAAGAAACUAGGAUCCAUCGGCAAGGAAAUCACGACGAAAGUCAAGCCCGAUGCUGUGGUUGUUUUCUCUGCGCAUUGGCAGGGUGGUCGGGAUGAGAUUUAUGUGAAUACGGCCGAGAUGACGGAUUUGAUUUAUGAUUUCUACGGCUUCCCGGAUCACUACUACGAUGAGAAAUACCCGAACGUCGGAAGCCGGAAAGUCGCAGAUCAAGUCCUAGCCGCACUGAGCGAUGCGGGUAUUGAGGCGAAGGGCGUGAAGCGUGGACUGGACCAUGGUGUUUGGGCUAGUUUCAAGUGCGCCUUCGAACCAGAAACAAACCCCCUAAACGUACCGAUCGUGCAAGUCUCCCUCUUCAACUCCGAAGACCCAGACCAACACUACCGCCUCGGCCAAGCAGUCUCGCACCUGCGCGAGAAGAACAUCCUCAUUAUCGUUUCGGGAAUGUCGGUGCACAACCUGCGCGAUCUGCGCUUCACGAGAGGUGGUAAUGCGCCCCCGUUGCCGUAUGCGGUUAGUUUCGACGAGGCGUUGAAGGAGGCUGUUGUGUCUGAUCCGGUGGAGCGGCAGGGUAAGAUGGCGAAGCUGCUUGAUCGACCUGAUGCGAGACAGGCGCAUCCUUCCUUUGAUCAUUUGCUUCCUAUUCAUGUGGGUGCGGGUGCGGCGGGUGAUGAUUUGGGGAAGAGAUUGUGGACGCUUCCUGAGGGGAGUAUGAGUUGGGCGCAGUUUCGAUUUGGAGACGUGAAUGCUAGUAGUUCGUUGUAG